CCUAUAAAUAUGAACAGAUCACACAUUAUCUAGAGACUUCAGAGAGACGCUACUGUCAAGUACUUUAUCACAAUACACUGAUUCGCCAAAAAUGUCCAUGAUUCAGCUCGCUUGUAUAGCCAUACUGCUGGUCACAUUCUGUUCUCACACUUUGUCUGUACCUGCUAUAAAUCCUAACCCAUCCUACUGCUGCUUCGCAUAUGCUAGCAAUCAUAUCCCAAGGAACCGUGUAACUGGUUAUUUUCAAACAAGCUCCAAAUGUUCCCUGAAAGCAGUCAUACUUGUUACACGGAGGGGUAAACAGAUUUGUGUUGAUCCGCAACAAACCUGGGUUCAGACCUACAUAAAUGACUUGACGCAAACUAAUAUUCAAGGAUAAAAAGAAUGGAAGAGCAAAACAAUUCAUUUUAAAUACUGCACCUGAAAACAGUUCUCAGACUCUAUUUUUCCUCAAUUAUUAUAAUAAAAUACUAAUAUCAUCAUUAGAUGUAUCUUUACACUUUUAAUUGUUGUUUAAAUGUUGUCGGUUUUCAACUGUUUCCAACUAUAGCAGCUUAGACAACACACUACAUUUGUCACUUUAGUUGUCAAUUUCAUUUUCUUAGUAAAGGUUCUUGUACGUUAACUGUCAAUAAAAUGUAAGAAGAAUCACAAUGGCUAUUCUGAUAAGCUUGUAACCUGAAAGUAAAAGCUAGGUAGCAAAUGCAAACAGUGUGUGUGUGUGUGUGUGUGUGUGUGUGUGUGUGUGUGUGUGUGUGUGUGUGUGUGUGUGUGUGUUUCAUAAUUUAGUAGUAAUUAGGAAAUGAAUACCAUUAUCGAACCCACUUUAACCGUGUAGUCAUGCACAAGGAAUGCCCGCACUGGAACAGUUAAGUUAUAUCCUCCCAAACAUAAACUAUCCUUUUUUAAUAUGGCAUUUCAGGAUAAGCUAGAGCAUUCCACAAACAUUCUCUGGGAAUAUUACCAUUUUGCUGUUAGAAUUUUCAACAGGAGUAACAUACAGAUAUGGCUGAUCAAUGAGGUAGCCAGCCACCAGACUCCUGCACAAGAUCAAUGUCAUCUGUUCAUAUAUGAAGAGCAUAGGACCCCAAAUAGUUCAUGUGAGCCACAACUAUGUGCAGCACUUUAUCUUGCCUAAAACAUUAUGCCAGACAUGGGCAUUAGGAAGGCAUGGCUCCCUGUAUAGAUUGCUGCAUCCUGUAUGAAAUAGCUGUGGUGUGUAAAAUGGAUUGGGUCAAGCUAGGCUGUGGAUCAUGAUUCAAGCAUGAGUGUAUUCCUUGGAUAUGUAGUGCAGAAUUCCCAUGUGUUAUAGUGACUGCGGACAAGGCAGGUAUGAAGAAAGUAACACCUGAGACUUUUAUUAAGGUUAACAUGAUACUUUUAUGGUAUACCGAUGCCUUUCAAAAAUCUUUCUGUUCCAAAGUCCCAUCCUUCAAAACACAUGAUCAUGCAUGUGGGCACACAAGAGCAAACACAGACACACAUAUGUACAAAAAUCUACAAAUGUGCAAACAAAUAUGUAACGUCAUGUCCACAUACGGAUUCACUUCAGAAUCUCGAAAUUCCGAAACAUCAAAUGUCAUAUAAUCAAGACCAUAUUAAUGUCAUAUAAUCAAGACCAUAUUUUCAAUGUUUUGGAAUACAAAUCCAAAAAAAAAAAAACAAUUUAAAUGUUUCUGCAGGGGGCAAGCCCCCCUACA